AUGUCGAAUCUCAAAUCGUUUUACAGGCUCACGUUAUGCCUCUAUCUCAUCGCCAUUUGUGGUAAAUCCUUCCAUGUAGCGGGUACUGCGAGGCAGGGUGCAAAACUCUUGUUUCACCAAGGCUUUGAUCGCACAGAUUCGUCGUACGAACAGGUCAAUGGAGCUCAGACGGUCUAUCCUAUCCACAAUGAGUCGCAUGCUGCGUUUAUACUUGACGGAAAGGUCCCUAUUACGAAGGAACAGCCGGAGCAUAGCUUCAGUAUAAGCCCAUUUUCAAAGGGGUCGUGGUCACCCCUUGAGGUACAAACGACCGCAAAACACCAUGCACCAGCGCAUGUCGCACAUGAAAAGGAUCUCAACGUCAUAUUCACUCCAACUGCUGAAGAUGUUUCUGAGGUAGACAAGAAGAUACACUUCGCCGCGGAAUCUGGAAUGCAUAACAUAAGGGAGGCACUUUUGAACUACUCCCGUCUUAUGCAACUCCUGAAAGACGAUGACAAACAUGUAAAAUUUUACAUUGGAGGCGAUGAAUACACGCUCAGCACCGCCUUGGAAACUUUGAACAAACUAGUAGAAGAUGGAGAACGAGUGCAAAGAAUGAUCAUACAAGCAAGCUCCAUAAUAUUGGCAAAAUUUGCCGGAUCAAAAUCUGAUUGA